AUGAUUUCCACGAGGGUGAUGGACAUUAAGCUUCGGGAGGCUGCAGAUGGCCUGGGGGAGGAUAGCACAGGAAAGAAAAAAUCCAAAUUCAAAACAUUUAAGAAGUUCUUUGGAAAGAAGAAGAGAAAGGAAUCCCCUUCGUGCACAGGAAGUAGCACCUGGAAAGAAAGUCAGGCAAAGAGUGAGGUCCUUGCCAUCGAGGCAGAGCCUGUUGUGGGCUACGACUCUGAAGAUGAGCUUGAGGAGUCGAGGGGCAUGCUGGGCAGCCGGGCCCUAUCGCACGACAGUAUUUUCAUUCCUGAGUCUGGACAGGACCCUACUCGGCCUGUGCGGGUGUUUUCCCAAGAAAAUGUGUGUGAUCGCAUUAAAGCUCUGCAGUUAAAAAUACAGUGUAAUGUCAAAAUGGGGCCACCACCUCCUCUGGGGGGGCUUCCUGCCAAGCGGGGAGACGAUGCCGGCAUGAGCUCUGAGGACGACGGACUACCCAGGAGCCCCCCAGAGAUGUCUCUGCUGCAGGAUGUGGGUCCUGGCACAACUAUAAAGGUCUCUUUAGUGUCCUCAUCCCGGCCAGUGUCUCCAGACCACGUGAGCGACACCACUGUGUCCCCCCGGACCUCUGACAGCAGCCUGGUGCCUGUGGCUGAUUUUAGUUACCCUCCGGAAUUCUCCUCCUGCCUGGACAACUCUGCAGCCAAGCACAAGCUCCUGGUUAAGCCCCGCAACCAGCGGUCCAGUAAAAUGAGGCGGCUGUCUUCGCGUGCACAGUCUGAAUCCCUGAGUGAUCUGACUUGCACCCCAGAGGAGGAGGAAUUUGAUGAGAAGCCAUUACCCGAAGUCAGCACAGAAGAGAGCUCCAGCUCUGAGCAGCAAGACAUGGUGCUGGACAGAGGCCCUGAGCCCAGGGGAGCAGCCACCUCGCUGCAGCCUGGAGGGCCCCGUGCCAGACGCGCCCGCCUGCAGCACUGCCCAGCGCUCAGUGCCAGCGUUGAGGAGGGGAGCUGCCCUGGGGAUGAGCUCUCAAGCCGCCUGGCCACCCCAGAGGCCACUGAGCCCGUGUCAGUCCCAGCUCCCUGCUUGGAGUCCCCAUCUCUGCCAGAGGGAUCCCCACACCCUAGUCCCGAUGGGGAAAACCAGGAGGAGGAGCUGUCCACCGCAGAAGCAGGUCCCCCGGCUGGGGACACAGCUGGCGAGGUGCUUUCUGCUCCUGGAGUCGUCAGAAGUUCAUUAUCUAUUUCAAUCCCUUUGGGGAACACGACACCUCCCGAGAUUGUCACUACUGACACCUUGGAGAUGCUCUCUGGUCCAGACGGGCCAGACCAAAAUGUCCCAAAGGAAGCGGAGCCGCGGCUGGAAGUGACCUGGCCGGAGGGGACCGGGAAAGACCCUGCCCCGGCGCCCGCCCCGAGCCCCCCAGCGCCCAAGAGCUGCCUGAAGCACAAGGCCUCGGCCGCGAGCGUGGGGCUCGGCGGGUCCCCCGCGCCUGCUGCCACCGAGUUGCCCGCGGGGGAGCCCCGGCCCUGUUCCCCGGACAGAGAGGCCGCCCCGCCGGAGCUCCCCAGGGCCGAGCAGCCCCAGGCCCCGCAGGGGGGUCCCGAGAGGACGGCGCCGAGCGGCGAGCUGCGGGGCCUGAAGAAGUUCUCGGUGUCCUCGUGCAGGGCGCGACCGCGCCCGGGCAGCUCCCGCCUGCCGGAGCCCGCGGGUGAGGCCGGCGGCCGGCGUCCCCUGCUGCGCAGCAGCCUGGCCUGGAGGAGCGAGGCGGCCCUCGAUGACCUGCAGGCGCGCCCUGGGCCCCAGGACGGGAAGCUGCGCCCUCAGUCGCCUGCAGGGGGCGACUCUCAGGACUCAGGGGAUAGAGCGGCCAGCCCGGCCGGGCGGCCCAGGAGCCCUGAGGAGGCGGCGGCCGCGCCGGGCCCGAGCGAGCCCGGCCCGGCCGCCCCGGAGCCGUCCCCGUGUGAGGACAGAAGCCCCUUCCUCGUCAAGCUCCGGUCCACCUCUCUGUCCUUCAGAUACAGAGAGCGCCCCCCCGCCGAAGCCAAGGGACCGAAGAGGUACAGUGCCGAGGUCAGGCUAGAAAGAGCAGGGCUGACGCUGCUCCCGAAAGAUGACAAGUGUCACGUAACAGGGGCCCCCACCCUCCGAGGUGCCAGGUCCCCCAGCGACCAAGGGAAGGGGAAGGCCCGGUCCCCCGAGCAACCGGGCGCCAAGCCGCCCCUGCCCAGGAAGCCGCUGCUGCAGAGCCGCACCCUGCCGCACCCGCCCGCCGACGCCAGCCCCGGGGAGCCCGAGCGAGCCACGCCACCGCCGGAGCCCAGGAAGCAGCGGAGGACGGCGGAGAAGAAGUCGCCGCACAGGGACGCCGAAAAGGGGCUGCCUUCUGCAGCAACAGAGCCUGGAGCUGACGGGCAGCCCGCGCCACCCUGGAUCACCGUCACUUGGCAGCAGCGGCAAGGGGCCCCAGACCAGCCACCCAGCCAGGAAGACAAGCCUGGAGUGCGGACCCCGAAGUCUGAAAUGGGAAAGCAAGCUCAGGCGCCUGAGAGAGCCCAGGAGCCCAUGAAGCAAGCUGACUUUGUCCGCAGCAAGUCUUUCCUGAUAACCCCUGCUAAACCCGCUGUGGACCGGAGGCAGGGGGCAAAGGUCGCCCUCAAGGAGGGGCUGCAAAGAGGCAUCUCAUUGUCCCAUCAGAACUUGGCUCAGUCUGUAGUAAUGAUGGAGAAGGAACUGCACCAGCUGAAGAGAGCCAGCUAUGCCAGCGUGGAUCAGCCAUCCUGGAUGGAACUUGCCAGAAAGAAAUCUCAAGCUUGGAGUGAUAUGCCCCAAAUUAUAAAAUAGGUUGGCUGUGUGCUGAUAAAGAAUGUCCACUACCUUGACGGGCCACUUGGUUUAAAACUGCCAGUAAAUCAUGGCAAACAAACUGUGAAACUUAAGAUUGAUUUUAUCAUCAAGUUAGGAGGAGCUUGGGGAAGAGGCAGGAACCAACAAAACAAAGAGGACAAACACACAGCCAUCAUCCUGGGCCAGAGGGGCCCAAAGACAAGAACAACAUUUUAAAAGUCCAACAAUGAGUUCCUGUGCCCAGAGGUGUGAAUUCCUUUGAUAAAGAGGCCUCAGACAAGGAAGAAAAGGGAAGUGAAAUGAGAACGCAAACAUAGUUCUCCUGCAAGACCAGAGAAGCCAAUUCAGGAGGACAGGUGUCUGUGCUCCCACUUGAGACCAGCCGCGUCUGCCCCACUGUCUUGCCUGUGGAUCCCGUCUUCUUUUAUGUUUACCACCAGGCAUGGCAUUUAUGGUAAACCAGGGGUGCCGUUUCCAAGAGCAG